CGGCACCCCGCACACUACUAGUAGUCACGCAUGUGUUUAUGUAGCCCAUGCACGGCGACCCCACCCAAUCCGGGGUAAUCACCACCACCACCACCACUUGCCUGCCUACAUACAUAACUACGAACUUAUGCACCACCGCCGCAAAACACCUUCAACUCUUUUUUUUCGUGCGCUUUCUUUGCUUUUUCUUAAAGCUCUUUCUAUGUACUAUGUACUUCUUUCCUUCCGCCGUCUGCUGGCCGCUACUAGAUAGAUCGGGUAGACUCGAUAGAUGGACUACGGUAGAUAUGUAGACUGGGUACAUAGAUAGGUGGUUAGGUGGUUAGGUGGUUAGGUGGUUAGGUGGUUAGGUGG